UCGCAUAAGUCGUAUCGCGACGAGAAUCUCCGGGUUUUCCUCGAGGCGACAAGAAAGAGGGAGGGAGGCCCAAGAGGCUCGCAAAGGCAAUAAAAAAAAAAAAAGCUGUGCGUCUGAAUUUGGAAGUUUAAAAAAAGGCAAUUAAAAAAAAGAAAAAAAAAGAAAAUGGGAGCUGUGAAUGUGUGGGACGCUAAGCAAUCUUCAGUUUCAGACGAACCUCCGAACAACAACAACAACAACAACAACAACAAAUCUAUGACUACAAUACCCACCUCCUCUAUCUCCAUCGACCCUUCUAUUCCUCUCUCAGAGACCAAACCUCGCGUCAUAGAACUAUGCAAGGAUUUGUUCGAGAAAUGGUCAAAGCUGGACGAUUCAUGCUUCUCUGUUGAGACAGUUUCCGGAGGCAUCACAAAUCUGUUGUUGAAGGUUUCUGUAAAGGAAGAUGGUGGAAACAAUGUGUCCGUGACUGUCAGGUUAUAUGGGCCUAACACCGACUAUAUAAAUCGUGAACGAGAAUUGCAGGUCAUCAAAUACCUCUCCACCGCAGGAUUUGGUGCAAAUUUGCUUGGAAUUUUUGGCAAUGGGAUGGUCCAAUCUUUUAUCAAUGCUCAGACACUUACUCCAUUAGACAUGCGAAAGCCAAAGCUGGCUGCUGAAAUUGCCAAGGAACUAAGAAAAUUUCAUGAAGUGGACGUUCCGAUUUCAAAAGAACCUCAGUUAUGGAUAGACAUGUUCAACUUCUACGAGAAAGCCUCUGUUCUUAAAUUUGACGAUAUUGACAAGAGGAGGAUGCAUGAGGCCAUUUCAUUCAAGGAAGUAUAUGAAGAAAUUGUUAAGUUAAAGGAAUUGACAGGACAUUUUAAUGCUCCGGUGGUUUUUGCUCACAAUGACUUACUUUCUGGAAACAUAAUGCUUAAUGAAGAAAAAGGUAAACUCUACUUCAUUGAUUUCGAGUAUGGAUGUUACAACUAUAGAGGCUUUGACAUUGGAAAUCACUUCAAUGAAUAUGCUGGUUUUGAUUGUGACUACAGCUUAUAUCCAAACAAGGAUGAACAAUACCAUUUCUUUAGGCAUUAUUUACAACCAGACAAUCCACUUGAGGUUUCUGAGAAAGAUCUGGAAGCUCUCUAUGUCGAGGCAAAUACUUUCAUGCUAGCCUCACACUUGUUAUGGGCUUUGUGGGGAAUAAUUCAGGCACAAGUGUCUCCAAUCGAUUUUGACUACCUUGGUUAUUUCUUCCUGAGAUACAAUGAGUACAAAAGGUUGAAGGAUAAGCACUUCCAGUUGGCGAGAUCAUAUCUCUCAGGAUCUGGGACAUACUUAAGUCUGUCUUUCUAGAAAGCAUUAGAAGGCCUGCAUAUGAUGAAUUUGAAAGGAAAGUGAUUAUUAUUUUCCUAGUUAGAUAUUUUCUGUAUGAUAUCCUUUUGUAGUAAAAUCUAGACAAAAAGUGAAAAAAAAAAAAGGAAAAAGAAAAAGAAAAAAAGAGAUAUGAGCAGAUAAUUUGCAUUCAGAUGUAAUUCCUAGCAGCAUUGUAUUUGAUCUGUUGUAAUCCUUUGUCAGUCUAUUCAUGUUCAAACACUUGUGACGAGUUUGUUCUCAUUUUUAAUCC